CUAUUCCGAAUUUAUGGGUGGUAGAAACAAUAGAUAGCCAAAAUAAAGCAGAAUUGAUGAAUAAAGCCUGUGCAUCACGAGAAUCACCACUUCAAGUAUUUGUCCAAGUUAAUACUAGUGGAGAAGACUUAUCACCAGAGGAAUGUAUGACAGUAUUAAGCCAUGUUCAAGAUAAUUGUCCAAAAUUACAACUUGCAGGAUUAAUGACAAUUGGUGCACCAAAUCGUGACUCUAAAGAAUUAAAUCCAGAUUUUAUAAUGCUAAAAAAUUUAAAAACACGAUUUCAAGAAGCAAUCAAAG